AUGCUAGCACUAUACCCUUCAUUGUUUCCAACAACCCAUGGAUGGGCUUUGGAGUAUCUUUUCAACCAAAAUCUUCCACAUGGCUGCAAUGAAUCAAACUCAUAUAAUCCACCUUUUAAUUUUCAUACAAUUGAUCAAAUCAAGCUUGAUUUAGCACCAGAAUAUUUCAUUUCUUUGGGCGAAACCACAAAUGUCGGUACUGGAGACAAGAUGAUGGUGGCAAAAAAGCUCAAUCAUAACACAACUGAAAGAGAUCGCCGUAAGAGGGUUAAUGAGUUGUAUUCAUUGCUUCGUUCAUUGCUACCUGUUUCGAGUGAUCAAAAGGUGCUAGGGGAUCAUAAAAUCGAGGCCGAAAAGCUAAAGGACACGCUCAAUGCUUUCUACCAAUGA